AUGGCGCUCUUCCCUCGCGGUAACUCGCCGGCACUGCUGGUAUUGACGCAGGACGAACUGCUUCGCCACAUCGGCGGCUUCAUGAGUGGCGUUCCACUCGCUGUGGGUGCAUUUGCGGUUCAGGAAGCCGAGCGUGCGUCCAAGGAACGGAAACUACACUUGACUCCGGUCACUGCGCUGUACCCACAGCCUCGCGGCUAUUUGCCGCAAUGUGCAAUCGUUCGAGACGAUUUAAAAAUGCUAGAGCUAUUACUGCGAGUCUCCAGGCAACAGGAGCACCGCCGCAACCCUCGUCUCGAGUUCUACGAGGUUAUACGCUGCGCCGUCUUGUUCAACCGACUAAACGCGCUCCAAUGGAUCGGAACGCACUGCAACCUCAUAGGCUACGAGUUCGAAGGCAAUUUGCUUAACUAUGCUAUUCACUAUAGCGGGGAUGUGGCAGUCAUGGACUGGCUGCAUCACCAUGUGCCUCGGAAGUUCGUGCAUAUCCGUCCGUGGCAAUUGUGCUUCGCUGCGUCGCGAGGGAAUCUCACGGCUAUUCGAUGGUUACAUGAGCACGACUAUGAAGGGUUCACGCCUGGAGUGAUGGAUGCAGCUGCUAUCGCUGGAAAUCUGGCGGUCGUACAGUAUCUGCACGACCAUCGGACCGAAGGCUGCACAUACGAAGCCAUGGACAUGGCUGCAGCGAAUGGCCAUUUGGAAGUCGUACAGUUCUUGCAUGACCACCGCACGGAAGGGUGUACGACUGUAGCUAUGGGGUGUGCUGCAGGCUUCGGACAUGACAAAGUGGUCGAGUUCCUGGGGAAACAUCGGAUGGAAGGACCACACCCACGUGCACUCGAAGACGCAGCCAAGAACGGACACUUGGAGUGUGUGAUACUGCUGUGCAGAUAUUCCACCAGAGGCUGCUUGUUUCAGGCUCGGAAGGGCGCUGCCAAGAUGAAACACCACGAGAUCGCCGAGUAUCUGUCCAGUAUCAUUGAAGACAACGUCUGGAGCUGCAACCCGCGAAGACACGAAGGCGACGGCCCGAGACGAUGUCAGAAGAACCAGUACGCCAUGGUAUUGCAGCGCAAACCAUCUCGUCUGCCUCGAUGCCACAGCAAGGCUCGCAAGGUCGAAGGAGGGUUGUUCUCCCGGAUCUUCGGCAGUGACAAGGAGCUCACGCGACUUUGCUCCCGAGAUGUGAGCGUGGUGCACCGCACGUCCGAGUCGCUCUCGACCCACGAGCUCACGGCGUGA